UCACCUGCGCCCGUCUGCCAUUCAUACUCGCAGUCUGCCAGGCGUCUGAACCCUCCGUCUUGGUGUCUCUUAGUUACCGGAACCUCAACCUCGAGGAAGUGCUACUCCACGAGUCCCAAGGAGUUCUCGAGGAAUAAGUGACAGAAGAAUCGAAAACACCUCCACUUCCUUUAAAGAAUCCUCGCACCGCUCUUCGCAGCCAGCAUGAAGACCUGGAUCCUCCUCUGCCUGCUGGGGUUGACCUCCGUCGCCCUCGCCUCCCCGGCCAAACUCCCCGCCGCCCAGCCUGAAGACAGCUACGAGGAGGAACCCAAGAGGCCCUACAGCUUCUCGUGGGAGGCGUCGAGGCACUACCACGGGGCGCCGGACAGGGAGCACCAGGAGGAGCGCGGCGAGGACGGCAUCACGAGGGGCGUGUUCAGAUACGUGGACCCCCGCCAGAAGGUGCAGGAGGUCGUCUACUACUCCGACGACAACGGCUUCCACGUCGACGCCUCCAACCUCCCUCAGGAUACCCAGGCCGUUCAGGACGCCCGUUUCCGCUUCGCCGAGAACUUCGAGAGGAUCCGCCAGCAGCACGCCCAGAUUGCGGCCGAGAGGGGCGUCGACGAGUACCCUCAGGAGCCGGAGACUUACGAGCAAGUGGACAUCCGGGACUUCAUCAGCAACGUGCAGCUGAUCCCCCACACCCCCAGGGAGUCAACGGCCGUCCAGAACCUUCGCUCUCGCUUCGCUGAAAACUUCGAGAAGAUUCGCCAAGAACACAGCCAGCUCGCAGCUCAACUCGAAGCCCAGCGUGCUCAGCAGUCGCAGGAGUACCAGUAAAUGGCAGUGAUAGAAAACGGAGGAUGGUGGACAAUGAAAGAAAACGGAGGAUGGUGGACAAGAAAACGGGAAAUGAUGGAUUAAGGGAUGCCUUUGUUUUUUUUUUUUCGAGGGAGGACUUCUUUUUUCAUCACGAAGGUGAGAUGGUAAGGGAAGGUGGAAGAUGGAAGAUGGUGAAGAUGAAGAAGAAAAAAGAAUGAUGGUGAUGGUGAAGAAGAAAGUGAAGGAAAAAAAAAGAAAAAGAAAAAAAAAAAGAAAAUGGUCGCUUAUUCGAAUAUAGACUCUAAUGGCCUCGGUACAAGAUGGAUCUUUUCUAAUUGGAUUUUCCAACCUUUUUUCCAAAGGAAAAAGGAAAAAAAAAUUCUGGUGAUGGGUUAUUUCAUCUGGGUUAAUUAAUGUAUUAUCAUUGCCACUUUGCUUCAUCAACAAUAACCACCAACUCAUUCCAACUGUUCGAAUCACAGAGAGGUUUUGAUGUCUAAUCAGAACUACGCAACAUUUCUUUUAAGACACUUACACACACUAUAUGUCAGAUCUAUCUUGUCUCAGUGUCUGUAUUAUUUAUUCUAUUAAACUGUCCUUUGUAAAUCAUAACAGAAUGUCACUACUUUUGUGUUGCAAUUCUAAAUAUUUCUAUUCUUCUUAAUAUAGUGCCAAACACUUUGAAUAUUCACCAGAAACUCACACUAUACACUGUCUUGGUGGUUCGUAUUGUUCCUGUUAUGUUGCAUAUCACUGCAUUCUCAUAUUGCAGAAAAUCUUAUCAUGCCUUGCCAUCGAAAUGACAUUUCCUAAAAGCUCAAAUAAAGUUACGAAAUUCUGA